CCCUUCCUGACGACAACGUACAUGCCCCGGACGAAUAAUAACGUCGACGACGACGAGGUCAAGCAACAGACCGCCCAACCAGAGCUGCGCUCCACACACCCUGACAGAGACGGGAGUGACAUCCAGACAUUGCAGGCUGCAGAUCAAAGCAAUGAGCCUGUGAUCAACGAGAAGGCGGAGCAACAGCAGCAGCGCCAACCACCUGCUGCUCAGGGCAAACCGUACAGUGUCUACACCACACGGGAGAAGUGGGCCAUUGUGGUCAUCGCGUCGAUAGCAGGCAUAUUCAGUCCUCUCACUGCCAACAUCUACUUCCCCGCCAUCCCCACGCUGGCCAAUGUCUUCCAUAAAUCUAUCGAGCUUAUCAACUUGACGAUCACCAUGUACAUGGUGCUCCAAGGCAUAUCACCCAUGUUCUGGGGAACACUAGCCGACCGCUGGGGAAGACGUCCCAUGUUCAUGGCCUGCAUGCUCGUCCUGGCACUCGCAUGUGUCGGCCUGGCCCGUGUUCCGACAAAUGCUUAUUGGCUGCUCAUGGUCCUUCGGUGUCUGCAAGCGGCUGGCUCCGCGAGUACGAUUGCUCUCGGGGCAGGAGUUAUCGCAGACAUAGCCGAGCGCCAUGAACGCGGCGGCUUCUUCGGGCUCUAUAGCCUGGGCCCUAUGGUCGGACCAUGCUUAGGACCUGUCAUCGGUGGUGCUUUGUCACAGGGACUGGGUUGGAGGUCUAUCUUCUGGUUUUUAUGCAUAGGCUCAGCUCUGUGUUUCGUAGCCAUGCUUCUUAUCCUUCCCGAGACUCUACGUUCUCUAGUGGGCGAUGGCAGUAUCAAGCCACCCCCCUUCUGGCGUCCUCUACUUCCCAUUAUCGGCCGCGGCAGGUCAGGCCAGAACAGCACGGACCGCCCGCCCAAGCGUCCCUUCCAGAACCCGCUCCGGCUCUUCCUGUAUCCCGACGUCUCGAUCCUGCUUUUCUUCAACGCGGUGCUCUACGCCGUCUUCUACGGCGUGACCGCCUCGAUCUCGACGCUCUUCAGCGAGGCGUACCCGUUCCUGUCCGAGACGGACAUCGGCCUGUGCUUCCUCGCGAUCGGCGGCGGCAUGCUCUUCGGCAGCUGGAUCAGCGGCACGGUGCUCGACCGCGAGUACCAGCGCGUGAAGCGCACGCUCGAGCGCAGGGCGCGGGAAGACCCCGACAGCAAGGUCAGGCCCGAGGACGUGACCAAAGACGAACACUUCCCGAUCGAGUACGCGCGGUUCCGGACGAUGCCUGCGUAUUGUGCGGUGUAUGUCGGUUGCUGCGCGGGCUACGGGUGGUGCCUGCAGGGCAAGGUCAAUCUUGCAGGACCGCUGAUCCUGCAGAUCGUCAUCGGAUAUGCGGUUAUGUCGGUGAUGAACACGACUCAGACGCUGUUAGUUGACUUGCUACCUAACCAGGGGUCCUCUGUGACAGCAUGCAACAACCUCGUGCGCUGCUCGUUCGGAGCCGCAUGCGUAUCCGUCAUCGACUUGAUCAUUAAGGCGAUUGGGGUCGGGUGGACAUACGUCCUGCUUGCAGGCUUGUGCGCCCUCGUCAGCCCCUUAAUAUUUGUUAUCAUGUACAUGGGCCCGCGGUAUAGGGCCAAGCGUAGAGCUCGACGGCUAUAACGAUCCCAUCAUCACGCAUCUUAUGACCCAUCUCUGUAGAUCAUAACCACUCUUAGCUUGGAGGACUGGUACUGUUAUUAUAUUCAGUUUCCCUAC